AUGCCAAAUUGUCCACUUAUUGUGGCUGCAGGAGCCACCUCAAGUCGAAGAUAUCGGCCGAAAAUUGCGCAAAACAUGGUUCUUGAGGUUGGCGUCCUUUCAUGAUAUUUCAGCCGUGAAGUCAGUGGAGAUCAUCUAAGCAGAAAAAAAAGUUGACCGUAGUUCACUCCAUCAGUACUGGGUUUUAGACGUUUUUGAGCGUCCGAAUUCGCAUGAUGGAUAUUAUUUUGUAAGUCAAAGCAACGAAAAAUAAUGCUCAUUAUUCUAAUGGUAGUUUCUUUUCACUCCGAGACUUGCUCUUAAAAUAAAUUUCUUUGUUUAAAGAGAUCGGUUUGGAGCCAACCCACCUUGAUUUUUAUUGCAGCCCCAUGUCCCAGCACCACCAAAAGACGUAAAACAAAAGUUCCAGGUUUUCUGGGGAUCUUCUUGAGUGUUCCACCAAGCUUCUGUUGAACUGAAUUGAAAAUUAGGACUGGGUCAGGGGCUGUUUUUUGAGAAGAACUGAAUUUGGGGGCUUCGUCCAAAAAAAAAAAGUCGUCAAACUUCCUGACGCCACAAUCGCUGCCUAACAAAGCGUAACAACACAUAAUCCAUUGCGCUUCCAUAACGCUUCUUUCUUGACUUUCGUUCUCUUUUUCGAUUUUUAUUCUCCAAAUUAGUAAAAUUUCCAGUUUUUGAUUUGACCAGCCGAGUUAUUAUUGAAACUCAUGCGUGGGAGUUUUCCGAUAAAACGAUAAAACGGAUAUCCCUGAAAUGAGAAAUUUCAGUUUUUUGAUAGGUUUCUUUCAGACUUUUCAAAAAAAUUUUGAUGAAUACUGUUGAAUAAUAAUUUUUUUUCACGAAAAAUUUUUGUGAUGCGACCCAUUUUUACUUGACGGUUAUUAGGAUGUAGAAACACUGUUUUGUAGAUUUUUUUCAUUCAAUAAAAAAGGAAUCCAUGAAAAAAAAAAGAGGUUCUGAGUUGUCCCUCGAAAAGCUUCUGCUUUAGCCUGAUAAAAAAUGCUAGCGAAUGUUGAACGCUCGCUUCAGCAUUGGGGCUUGCGGAAUGUGGAAUCUACCAAUUGGAAAGAAACUAACCGUGAAAAGUAAAACAACGGUUUGACUAGUUUUCUCGAGAAAAGCAAGAGAGAGUGAGCGAAAGACCGAAGAGGCAAAAUAAACGAUGAUCGGAAAGACGAGGGACACGUUGCAUGAGACGCAUUCUCGGAUGUCGUCGGCUCUGCGAGCGCCGCUUCUGCCCUCCGGCGACGAUGAGCCUCCCACUUACCGGGUACAGCCGCUGGCUUCUCACCUUUGAACGACCUGAUCGUUCACCUGCUUUUAUUUCACCUCAGAGAGUUCUGUUCACCAAGAGAAACGAAAAGGACGAAUUUAAAUUUUUUUUUUAUUUUUAGGACGGCGUUUCAGCUUUCUUUUAUCUGAAGUUCCACUUUUUUUUAAAAUUAAAAUUGACCACUAUAGCAGAAUUCGUAAACUUGGAAGGGGGAUCCACACCUGGCCGGUCUGUUCUUUGAUUGGUUUACUCUUUUGAAGCUUGAAAUUUUUUUUAGCUGCUUCUAACAACAGCUGUUGAUCUUGAGGGACUUGGUCGAAAAAAAAGAACUUCUUGAAGUCACUGAAACGGAAAAAAGAGAUGUGUGCAAGGUUUCAAAACUCGCUUCUCACGUCUUUUGCCCUGAAAGGACUUUUGCGGGGAGAAUACUCUUUUAGUUCAAAUAUCCCAGCUUGAAAAUAUUAUUUCUUUUGCUAGCUAUUCUUUUCAGACAAAAAUAAACUCACGAUUUCCCAUGGAAAUGUUUUUUAACAAUUUUUUUCAUGCUUGCGAAAAACAAAACAUUUUUUUCAUGUGUUUCCUCUGUCUUCAUAGCAGCGAAAAAUGGUAAUUGUUUGUUUGCGAGUUCCUGCUGUUCUCGCUCUCAUUUUCUUUUUUGGCGACACGGCUCAUCCCAAAAUUGGCCCUAUUUUAGUUUCCUCAACAAACGAGAAACUUCCCACUUUUUCUCAUAAUCUUUAACCAUUCGAACUUUUGGAAAAUGAACUUUUUUAUACGGAAGAUUUUUUUUAGUUGGUUUAAGAAGAUUAGGAGAACAGCGCGUUAUUAUACGAUACAAUUUCGUUCAAAAUGUUGGUUCCACUGCAUUUCAUCAGUUUGGAUGAUUUUCAGCAGCACAAAUAAUACGAAUAAGAAACUACGAUACACAAAUAUGUUAAAAGAUUGCAUGCAUAUUCCACUAGAUGAUCGCGUGUCGUAGUGCUAGACGACAAAACAUUGAAGUGUGGACAUAAAGAAGAAAAAAGAAAGGUUUUGAAAAAGCAAAGGGCGGAGGCUAAUGGAGGGCGGCACCUGUUAUAUCCUUCCAACUUCUUUUGGUUUCAGAGCCUCGAGAUGGGCCGCGCGGACGCUUUGCAGCCGCUGCGCAGCGGAAAUCACCGCGAGGCCUUCAGGUAUAAUUUUUAUUUCGGUCGAAACAUCGAAGUAAUUUGUCUUCUCUAGAUCUUUUUUCUUCUCACAUGACGUGAAUCAAAACUUUCUUUUUUAAGCUUUUUCCCUUCGAUUUUUGUCGUUUCGGAAAAAGAAAACUUGAUCAUUAGCCUCUUUCGAAAAUUAUCCUUCACUCAUCUCAAAACCUUACUCUUGAUCUAUUCAAACAAAUUCGCUCGUUUGCAUGCAAGAUCCACUGAUGAAAUUUGAGGAAAGCGUUUCGUUUUUUAUUUACUUGUUCUUUAGGGGAUAGCACAAAUUAUCGUCGUCACGGUGAUGAAAAUCCCUCAUGCAAACUCAUUAUAUGACUAGAAAAUCUUAUUUUGUCUAUAUUAGGUUAUUUUGUCUAUAUUCACUGAAUCGUGGAAAAUUUUGCUGCACAUUAAUAUCAAUCGUAGAUCAUCACUUUUAUUUACUUUUCAUUUGAGUUAGCUCACGUAUUUGUUUCGCUACAGCAUCAAAAACUUUCUUUGUUGCAUUUGAAGGUUGAGAAAAAAUCAUUCAGUUGUUGACUCAUUAAAUUAUAUUUUCAACGUUUCAAAAAUGUUUUCGGGGAAAUUAUAUUUUCUGAAUUAAUUUUCGAAUAGAAUGCUGAAAACGCUGUUUCGCUGUAAGCAACUGAAAAGCCUGUGUUGAAACUUCGGACGGAAGUCCAGCUGUGGAGUUCCAAAAGUCGAUUCCUCGCAAUGUUGCAGCGCUCAGCUGUUGCGGGAGCUUGACCAGAUGGGAGACGAGUCUGAAUUGGUUGUAGGAGCCUGUCAACAGGACUCUUUAUACCCUUACUACUUUCGGCACAUAAACUCUGGCAGAAUGCAGGUUCUUUUUUUAACCGAACAGAGUGAGAAAAGAAGUAGGCCGCUUUUAAUAGUUUGCCUAAUUAGAGAGUUAGAAAAACGCAUUAUUAACAUACGAUUCUCGAGUCUUUUAUGUGAUGAAACAAAUCACGUUAGCACUUGUUUGGGAAGUUUAUCAAAAAUAUAUCUGCAAAAUUAAGUGCAUUUGUGCUCUAUCCAGAGAUUUCCAUUUUAGAAAAAACAAUUGGUUCUCAAAAUUUUUGGACGUUGACGAAACUUUCCAAACUGGUCUAUUUAUGUUUCUAUGCAAAUGAGUGAUUUCGAAAGGUUCUAUAUCAAUUUGUGAAUGGAGAAGCUUCAGUUCGCCCUGUCGUUUCUGUUGUGCGUGAGCGUGUCUCAGUCGCUGCUCACAGCCGCCACAGGGCAAUGGGCUUUUUUCGGCUGUCUCCUACUCGUCGACGUUGGUUUCCAAUCGCUCUUGAAACCUUUCAAAAACCUUUCAUUCAAAGAUAUAUUGCUGGUUCAAAAUCUCACUUUUCGCCGAGAAAAUGAAAGACAUAUGAGGAUUAUCAGAAGAAAAAAAAUCUUCUUCAUUUGAUAACUCGUAUAAUCAAGGCAUUCAUUUCAAGGGGAAAGCAUAUUUAUAUCAGCAUUUAGUCAUCAUUUCCCUAAUGCUUUUUUUUAUCAAUUUCCAUUAAAAAAAAAUCACUGAAGAGAAAGCAUGAAGAUUAUCUGUUUCAGGCGGUGAUUAUAGCGUCAAUAUUGUUAUUUACGAAACAUUCGCAGAUCCUCAGCGCCGUCGUCGUAGUUUGCUCUGUGGUAAGUUCCUUACGGACUAAAAAGAGCCGAAUUUCGAAGAUUUUGUUCAAUUGAACUCUCUGUGAUCUUGUUUUUCCUAAAAAAAAAUUUCGGUUCUACAAAAAAGAUUUGGUCGUUUGAAAGAAACUGAAUAAAUAAUCAGUGAUUUGAGCCAAUAUACGUUUAAAUUCAAGAUAAGAUUUUCACCCAUUCCCACCCCAUAGAAAAAGAAAUUAGCACUCAGAAAAUUACUUUGAUGACUGAAGAGUAGUUCUAUAAAAAAGCUUCUCAUAACGAUUUUUUUCUCGAUGAAAAUAAUUGAUUAUUUUCAACCAGCUGUAACUUUUCGAAAAGCUGAACAGAACCAAAAAAAAUUUUGCUACAGGUGCCUGACUUUUCUACUAACGGAUGGCCAAAUUUUUGCAGCUCGUUUUUCUGAGCUUACUUUUCUUCGAAAAUUUUUUCAGCAAACGUUUGCAGUCAUAGACUCAUCAUUUCCUUUUCAAAAUCCAUGUUUGCCAACAAAAUUUCCUAUAUUUCGAAAAGUAAAGAGUUUUACAGGUUCUGACGGCAUGCUCGCCGCUGAUUCUCCAUUUUUCGCUAGCUCUUCUUCUUCUGUUUCUUUGUUACACUCUCCUACCAAUAUCACUUCUUCCGACGGUCCGUUUUUUUAUGAAUUCGAUUUUUUGAUAGCAAUAAACACAUUUAGUUAUUUCCAUUCAAAACAAUGAAUAUGAAAAUUGUUAAUCUUUUAUAUCGCUCUGCUCAAAUUAAUCGGACUUUCACGACCGAUUGCGUCAGAAAAUGGGAAGUAGCGCCGAUUGAAGCUUAGAAAGUUCAGUUUCUGUGUGCUGCAGUUCUCUCGGCGACGGCGUUGGCGAUUCAAGGCGUCUACGACUUCCCGUCGCUCGAAUCCGUCAGUUUCUUUCCAUUGUGAUUGAUGAGCUUUUCGCUAAGCUUCCAGAAAAAUAGUCGCUCCAAAAUGGUCUUAAACUAGUAGGACUGGUAGCUCUAUGUCAACAAAAGCUUUUUGGGGUCUAUAAAAAUAUAAGUAUAUAUUUGUUAAUGAACUACGGAAAAUUUGGGAAAAGAGAAACUGGCAAAAUAAAUGCGGUUCAUUUCAAUUUCUUUAAUUCCGCUCAAUUAUCCGAAAUGAUUUUUGUACAUUUUCAAAACAAAGUUCAGUCAUAUAAUGAGAAAAACCAAUUUUUCUCACAAAACUUUUUCACGUUAGAAAAAUAAUCUUUCAAAAAUCUACGGACAAUGUUUUUUUAAAAACUUUGUGUCAUAAUUUGAAUGUUUUUCAAAUCAUCCUAAACCUAAAUAGCUAAUAGAAAAAAAGUCUGCACCUCAUUUUUUCGAGGAAUUUUUUUUAUUUGUCGAGAAGUGAAUAAGAAGCUCCUUUCAGAUUUCUUGCAAAGUUUUUUUUAAAGGCACUCAUAUUUUCCAGCUAAAGCAGCUCAAAAAGUUAUUUAUAUACAAGUCGAAAAAGAAACUUUCUCGCGGUCACGAUCUCUAUGGAAGAAAGAUUUCAGCUGGUGGCUGACGCCAUCUUGUUCCUGGCGGUCAACAUCGUCGGCUUCUUCGUGUACUUCCCGACGGAGCUCGUGCAGCGGAAGACGUUCCGCGAGACGAGGUUUCCUCUCUUUCGACUCUCCCACACUUCCCUUCUCCUCUUAGGAAGUACGUAGAGACUCGAAUGUUGCUCGACCGCGAAAUGCGCAAGCAGGAAAAGAUCUUGCUCUCUGUUCUUCCCAAACACAUUGCUUUCGAGGUUUUGUUCUAGUUCGUCUCUCGCACAAAGAACUCGCUCGUUAAGGUCAAAGAGGACAUGAAUGAGGAGAGCAAAGAGCGCCUUUUUCACAAAAUCUACAUCCAAAAAUACGAAAACAUCAGGUUCAAUUUAAACUAAAAAGUUAUGCUCAAAACAUGAGUUGAAUCCGAAGAAUGCAACUCAAGUUUUAUUAGUUUUUGAAUGAAUUUUCAUAGGUUGUAAAGUCUUGUCUAUGUUCAAAUAACUCUUCAUAUACCGAGAUGGUAUUUUUUUGGGCUGUGAAUUCAUUUUAAAAAAAGGUUUUUUUUUUGAGAUUCAACUAGUUUUUCCUCAUAUUUUUAGUUGAAUAUAGUAUUCGAAUGCUUUUUAUCGGUCAUUUUUUGGAAGAAAAAUUGUUGCAAAAACUUUAAAAAAGUUAGAUUGUAUCACGGGUGGAAAACGAAACCGUUCUAAAUGCAUCUACGAAAAUCUUUGAGGAUUAUUUCUCUUUUUUGGUACCAUGUUUGAUUUUUCAGCAUCCUUUUCGCUGACAUUUGCGGUUUCACUAAUUUGGCUUCCGAAUACACUGCUGAAGACCUGGUACUGAUGCUCAACGAGCUUUUCGCUCGUUUCGACAAACUGGCAGCGAUGCACAAAUGCAUGAGAAUAAAAGUGCGAGUCGGCUAGUGCUAGAACGUGUGGAAAGAACGUUGCAGAUCUUGGGAGACUGCUACUACUGCGUUUGCGGCGUUCCAGACUACCAGCCAGAACACGCGGCGAACACCGUCGAGAUGGGUCUCGACAUGAUCGAAGCCAUCAAGUCAGACAGUUUCCUCGAGCUCCAAACAGAAAACAAGUCCUCAGACUGGUCCGCGAGAUGACGCGAGUGAAUGUGAAUAUGCGUGUCGGCAUUCAUUCCGGCAAGGCUCACUGUGGAGUUCUCGGCCUCAAAAAGUGGCAGUUUGACGUUUGGAGUGAUGACGUCACCCUCGCCAAUCACAUGGAAAGCGGCGGCGUCGCUGGGUUCGUUCAUUUCGCAAUUUUCACGGACUAUCAUAGUUUCAGACGAAUUCACAUCACAAAAGCAACGUUAGGUGCUCUGAACGGUGCCUACGUCGUGGAAGAAGGCCGUGGGAGGGAAAGGUUCUCACAUGAAAAUGGGCCCUGUUAGAUUGGAUUUUUAGGUCCAAGUAUCUGGCGGAACACAAUGUCGAUACUUAUUUGGUCGUUGAAGCGAAAAAUAAAGAGCCGGUGCUACAAUCGAGACAGAAUAGAGUGUGUUGAGCAAAUUCUUUGUAAUUGAAUUGAAACAAUUGGUUUUUCAGAUGAACCUUUAAUUACUGCUCUUUUAGAUUUGUUUUGUUUGUAGCAGUGUUAAGGAAAUUUUAAAAAAAAGUAAUUUUUCCUUUUCGAGCCGCUUGAUGAUCUGUUCGUCUUCUUGAGCUCGCAUGUUACUCGAAACAACUGAAAACGUAGAAAAACAUGGUUCGAUAGUUGUGAAUUUGCCGAAAUCCGCCAUCACUGCCGGAAAUAACCGUUGAGUCGAAUCAUGUUAAAAUAUUUUUCAGCGCGUCAUCAGCAAACAAGAGCGAUUAACUGGCGUGGCUUCAAGCCUCCCUCGAGGCCCAAGUCUUCGGUAAGAAACGGCUGAGAUUAGUUUCGGAAGGUUUUUUGCAGGUACACAAUAAAGGAAGAGAAGCCGAUCAAAGACUGUGUGGACUCGCACCUGCGGCAGGGCAUCCAAGCCAUCAACAUUGAGAACUGGCGUCGGCUUCACUGCGACCAUUGGUCUCUCAAGUUCAAGCAAAUCGAAGUCGAAAAGAAGGUGAGCUUGGAUAAAGAAUCCGGCCUGCCACGAAACGCCGAUUUUCAGUUUCUUGAAGUGAAGGAAUUCGCGCUGCUCAUCCAACUUUGCUGCUACUUGUUUAUCUUCGUCCUCGCCUGCUGCGUGCUGCUCAUCACACAUGUCGGGUGAUUGUUAUUUAUUUGUUAAAGUCCUGUUUCGAACUUUUUUCCUUGCAAACUUUAUCACUCAUCUCUUUUGUUUUUGGAAAAAUUAAUUUUCAAAUGUUUACAAGGUUUGCAGUAAAUUUGAAUGCUUACAGAAGAUUCAUUGUUAACACGCUGUCUCUGUAAUUCUCAAAAAUUUCUAAAAGCAACGAGUACAAUAAAAAAAAUAUUUUUUGAUUUUGAUGAAACUUCAUCCAGUGUGAUAGCCAAUCAUCAGAAAUGCGGACCCAACUUUUUGAGCCAUUUCCUCUUACUGUAGCCGGGUUACGGUAGGCAGGUGGGCACCUGCGUAUCACAGUAUUGAAGAGUUUUUAUUAGGCAAGUGAUAAAUCAAUCGAUAGGUAAUCCAAUUUUAGGAACUUUUACAGUACAUACCAUCUUGGGAUACUGUGGGAAAAUUUUGAGUUACGGUACUUUUUGCGUCUGCCGAGUCGGUUUUUCCGCCACCACGAGCUUGAGCCCGGAGAUCCAUUCUUCCUAGCUUCUCAAAAGAUACCUUUUGAAAUGCUCUACAAGCUGAUACCAGUUUGAAAAAGUCCUAGGUGGACCAUCAUUUUGCAAAAUCGCUCCGAAGGCGCGCAAUCGUGGUCUUGCGGCGGCCAAAUGGGUGAAGUCCAUGAUGCCUGACGGCUCAUUCUUCACAGAUCCAUUCUAAAAUUUGUUUCCAUUUCACUAAUAGAUAUCUAUUAUUGAUUUUUAUUGCAACUUGAGAUGGUUUCAGGUUGAUCAUCAUCUCGAAAUUUCAUUUUGAACCCAAGUUUGGCCUGAAAAUGGCCUGCUCGCCUUUUUCCACGGGUUCCCUGUCCCCAGUUGAGAGAGUUCCCAGCUUAUUUCUUCCUGAAACAUGGGUGACAGUAUCUGAACUGAAGAUUGAGGACAAUCGGAAGCCAUUUUGAGAGGACCAUCAUCCCGAAAUUUCAUUUUGAACCCAAAUUUGGCAUUAAAAUGGCUGAGUUCACUUAUUUAAUUUUUUUUGUAAGUUGAAUCAAUUUUCCCUUUUUUUUUACAAGAAGUGGAAAAAGGCGAGCAGGCCAUUUCAGGCCAAAUUUGGGUUCAAAAUGAAAUUUCGGGAUGAUGGUCCUCUCAAAGUGGCUUCCGAUUGUCACCAAUUUUCAGUUCAAAUACUGUCACCCAUGUUUCAGAAAUAAAUAAGCUGAGAACUCCCUUAAUGGGCACACAGAACCCGUGGAAAAAGGCGAGCAGGCCAUUUUCAGGCCAAACUUGGGUUCAAAAUGAAAUUUCGAGAUGAUGAUCAACCUGAAACCAUCUCAAGUUGCAAUAAAAAUCAAUAAUAGAUAUCUAUUAGUGAAAUGGAAACAAAUUUUAGAAUGGAUCUGUGAAGAAUGAGCCGUCAGGCAUCAUGGACUUCACCCAUUUGGCCGCCGCAAGACCACGAUUGCGCGCCUUCGGAGCGAUUUUUGCAAAAAUGAUGGUCCACCUAGGACUUUUUUUCAAACUGGUAUCAGCUUGUAGAGCAUUUCAAAAGGUAUCUUUUGAGAAGCUAGGAAGAAUGGAUCUCCGGGCUCAAGCUCGUGGUGGCGGAAAAACCGACUCGGCAGACGCAAAAAGUACCGUAACUCAAAAUUUUCCCACAGUAUCCCAAGAUGGUAUGUACUGUAAAAGUUCCUAAAAUUGGAUUACUUAUCGAUUGACUUAUCACUUGCCUAAUAAAAACGCAGGUGCCCACCUGCCUACCGUAACCCGGCUACAGUAAGAGGAAAUGGCUCAAAAAGUUGGGUCCGCAUUUCUGAUGAUUGGCUAUCACACUGGAUGAAGUUUCAUCAAAAUCAAAAAAUAUUUCUUUUUAUUGUACCCCUUGUUUUUGAAAAUUACAGAGACAGCGUGUUAACUGUCUUUUCUGUAAAUCCUUGUAAAUCUGCAGAUAUAAAAAACGUAAUGGACUUGGGGGAAAAAACACCCAGAAAAUUUAUAAGAAAAUUGAUCGAGGGCAUAUAAUUGAACAGUUUUCAUGAACUACUCCAGUCAACAUAAAGCAAAAUGGAGCGAAAGGCAAUUCUAAUCGAUUAAAAGUUUAUUCAGAAACCUGUUGCUUUACGUGGCAAUAGUCAGUGCCGCGAUAGCUUUUGCGAUGACCGCGAUCUACGUUGUGGCAAGAACUUGCGUGAGCUUCCAGAUCCGAUCAUUGAGCGAAAUGAUCAGUUUUCAGAUCAAGUCGCGGAAAAGACGUCAAGAAAAACUGUCAGUGUCCGGCUCUCGGUGGCUCCGCAUCAUUUUUAUCUGCUCCGUCGUGUUCCUUGCCAACUUUGUUCUUAUAUUUGUAAGUAGCGGAGCCCAUAAGAACUUGAAAUGAACUGUCAGUCGGUUUCCGAAGAAACCUGCUCCUUCCGAUGUCUACCUGACGGCGUGGUGAGAACACCCAACUGCGGAUCGAGGGAGUCGAUUCCCGAAGGCCACGCCGAGGUUGACCAAGUUUUUUUUGUUCCUGUCCAGCCUCAUGGCUCUGCAGGUCGUUUUCGAAGCUUCUCUGUUGCUGCUACUUGCCACCUGCGUAUUUCUUUCUCUCAUGUCCACUUCAAAGGUUUUCUCAACAACCUCCGAGACUGAUCCUUUCGAUUCCACAGAUCGUCGUCGUGGUGUUGCUGUGCGUUUGGGGGUUGCUCGUGCUGUGGCGGUUCCCGAUGGCACAUCUCCACUCUCGACAGUUUCACAUCUGGCUCCAACAAGACGCGUCCCGUCAGAACGGAACUAUAAUGGAGAAAUUGAGUCGUUUCUGCUUGUUAGUUCGGAAACGAAAGAACGAUUCAAAUAUAUGUUUUCUAGGGAUUCUUCACUGGCGUCCGAUGAACGGAUUCACUUUUCUAUCGUGAUCUUAUUCGCUCUUGCCCUUGUCAUCAUUCAAUCUCGUCGUAGCGAGCAAAUUUCAAGAUACGACUUCAUAUGGAAGCUUCAGGUUUUUGUGACCAACAUACCUAACCGAAAGGGUAGGCAGACCAAAACUACUGAUAUAAAACAUGAAACAUUUUUGAACAUUUUUGUUUUCGCACCGCGUCAUGGGAAACUUUUUUGUGAGAGAAAUUGUUUGAAUGAAAAUAAUGUUCGUUCAAAGAAAAUAGUUCUCUGUUGUAUGUUUCCGACGUUAAAUGUCUAAUUGAGGCCCUGGACGAACAACUCCAAAUGCGCCAUCGACACGAGCAGAACCGGAGCGUUCUCGAAAAUAUUCUUCCGUGUCAUGUGGCACGUCAUUUUCUUGAAGACAGUAAAGAGAAUCAGAAGGACAACUACCACGAGGUCCAUUUUUUUCCAUAAUAGCACACUAGUUUAAUUUUUUUUUCUUUUGCUGUUGAAAAGCUAGACAUGGGAUCUAUAUCAUAGUCAAGUACAUAGAUUGCACGCUGCUUUCGUUUGUGCGGAAGACUGCGUCUUAUAUUUCAUUAGAAACUGAGCAACUUAGUGAACAUUUAUUUUUUUAAUUUUGGCGCUGCGUGGUUCAAAUCUUUGAAUAUUAUUUUUUUUCAGAGACCAUUUUCAAAAAAAUUUGAGUAUAUCCGGUUUUGAACGGAUUCUCUAAUUCAAAACCAACAAGUUGAUGAUGAGACGAGCUAAUAAAAAGAUUUCGUUUCGGAUUUUUCAAUAGGAAUGUACUUUUUUUUGGCCUUCACGGUACUUUGAGUUUGAAGGCUCGCGAUAACGCUUGUAUCGUUUUUGCCACUAUUACCGGCUUCGACAAGUUUUACAUCGAAUGCGACGGAAACAAUGAAGGCGUCGAAUGCUUGCGCCUCUUGAACGAGAUAAUUUCUGAUUUUGACGAGGUUUCUAUAAAGAAAACAGUGCGCAUUCCUUUUUCCUUAACAGUUAUUAGAUCGCCCGGAAUUCGACAGCAUUGAGAAGAUCAAAACUAUUUCGACGACUUACAUGGCCGCCAGCGGAUUGGCAGGAAGAGUGAGUCAUGUAUUUGAUUUGAAUGGAUUGAUCCUUCUUCAAGAAACAAUUGAGCAAGACUUUGGUGUCUCAGGAAGCUUGAAUUCAUUCAAAAAGCUGGCAAGCGAUUGAGAGUCUUUUAUAGUUACUCUGAACUAUCAGAUGGAGUGACACAUCAUCAGAAAGAAGAUUCAGGCCGACGACAACUCUCACGUCCUGGCAGUCGCCAAUUUCGCCUUGGAACUACUGUCCAAGAUAAAAGUCAUCAACGAACAUAGUUUCAACAGCUUCCAACUGCGAAUCGGUUGGUGAUGAGAGCGUUGGAGAGUAGGAAAAGCAUGUUCGAGACAUUCUAGAAAGUUAAAAUUUUUCGAAGGUUUUGAAAAUGUUUUUAGUAGAAUACAUGAUUUAAAAUAAAUUUUUUAAAGAAAUCGCGCACAAUGUUGUGCUUAAUUUUCGAAUAAAUUUUUAAAUUUUAUUGUGAGCUCGUAAUUGGAAGUUGCUGGAUUUCUCAUGUCAGAUUUUUCAAGUUAUUAGUAAAAAAGGGUAAUGGUUGAAGGCAUAAACGUGGGUCCAGUCGUAGCGGGAGUCAUCGGAAUCGACAAGCCGCACUACGACAUCUGGGGAAACAGCGUCAACGUGGCCAGCAGAAUGGACAGUUCCGGCGUACCCGACCAUAUACAGGCUUGCGCCGCCUGCCUUUUGAUAUCAGAUUCUCUCUUUCUCUCUAGGUGACGGAAGAAGUGAAGAACAUUCUGGAAGCAGAGGGCUUCAAGCUGGAAUGCCGCGGCGAGAUCAACGUCAAGGGCAAAGGUCUCAUGACAACUUAUUUUUUAAAGUCCGACCGAAUUUUGUGA